AUGGCUGAGAUCCAGGCUAAGCUGCAAAAGCUUUCGGAAGAGUACACUGCGCUGCAACAAGAACUCCAAAACACCGUCCAGUCGCGGCAAAAGCUCGAGGCCCAGAAGCAGGAGAAUCUCGGCGAGUUUGAAAAACUUAAAGAUGGCGAGCAGAUCUACAAGCUCGUCGGGCCCGUCUUGCUUAAGCAGGACAAGGUCGAGGCCGAGAGUACGGUAAAGGGCCGUCUGGACUUUAUCCACAAGGAGAUCGAGAGACAAGAGGACCUCAUCAAGGACACCCAGGGCAAGCUCGAGAAGAAGAAGGGCGACAUCAUCCAGCUCCAGACCAGCGCGCAGGCUGCGGCGGGUCAGGCGAAGCAAGCAUAA